AUGUCAUCCACAGCCAUCUUAGCUUUCGCAUUCUCACUUGCCUUUGCCACUGAUCCUAACCAACUGCAGGACUUCUGCGUUGCUGUUGACAUUCCCAAGCUUGGUGUGUUUGUGAAUGGGAAGUUCUGCAAGGACCCAAAGCUCGUUGUAGCCGAUGAUUUCUUCUUCUCAUGGUUAAAUAUUCCUGGAAACACAUCAAAUUCAGUUGGGUCAACUGUGACCCCUGCAAGUGUAGACCAACUACCAGGACUCAACACUCUUGGUGUAUCCAUAGUACGCAUUGACUAUGCACCUGAAGGUGGUCUCAACCCACCCCACACGCACCCGCGUGCUACGGAGGUCCUUUUUGUCCUGGAGGGUACUCUCUAUGUUGGCUUUGUCACCUCCAAUCCUAAAAAUCUUUUCUUCACUAAGACCCUAUACCCUGGAGAUGUUUUCGUGUUCCCGCAGGGGCUAAUUCACUUCCAAUUCAAUGUGGGGAAGACCAAUGCAGUGGCAUUUGCUGGACUAAGCAGCCAAAAUCCUGGAGCUAUCACUAUUGCCAAUGCAGUCUUUGGAUCGGAUCCACCCAUUUCUGAUGAUGUUCUUGCCAAGGCAUUCAAGGUUGACAAGAAGGUGAUUGACUAUCUUCAAGGGCAGUUUUGGUAUGACAACUCUAGUUAG